UGUGAACCUUAUCUUAAGCUGGGGGCGUGGUGAAAAACCCUCUGGGCCUGUAACGCUUCGCAGCUUCCAUGAACUGCAACUACGUCCCACGUGGCGUUUUCUCUGCAUGUUCUGUGCUGAGUUGGCUCUCAAACCUAGGCUUUCCCCACUCUCUGUGCAUUUCUAUCCAAUCCUUUGUUUCGUCUUUAAAUUCGCUUUCUUCCUAUCGUUUCCGACAUUUAUCACCACAGACAACUUCCUGCGACGCGUUUUUGGCUUGCUUCUAUUGAGGACCUUCAUUCUUAUCCUGUUUCGUUUUCCCGCCGUUGGCGACUUCAGUGAACAGAAAUUGGCUAACCAUCGAUCACUGACCACAGGGCAGGCAUCUUUCCUGGCGAAUAAUUAGGUAGGCACCUUUCGCAUCGUCCCCAGGCCCUCGACUUCCGUUCUCGCCGUCAUCUCCCGCAGUCUCCCAAAACCUGCCAUUCCCCCGCGAGAAAUAUCGGCGGCUCCCGCACGCGGCUCACACCGGAUUACCCCCUAUAUAAUUAGUUAAAAUUGAGGCCGAUGCCGCAAUGGUUCUAGGCGGGGAGAUUGAAGAAUUGAAGCCAUCAAUUUUGGCUCAGACAUGUAUCCCCCAUCUCUUAGUCAGACCUGGGUUCUCUUGGUGACGCGUUUCAAAGCCGCGCACCAGCAGGGCCUUCCCGGCGCCGGCAUUGCCGAGUUUGUCUUUGUAUGUCAGCGGAAGUCGUCGGCACGAAGAUUCAAGGCUGAGGGGCCGCAAGAGGAUUCAAGGCUG